AUCCUAAAAUUAAGAGUCUGGUAAACGGAUAUAUGACCCAAGACACAUCUUCAGACUUUGUUUGACAACUUCAAUUUACUCUUCAGGAUUCAUGGAUGGCUCUCUCCUGUUUGAUGAGAUCUUCUUGCUACCGAAAUUGGUCUCACUUGAUCUCUCUGAUAAUUAUGGUUUGCUUCUUGACAACAUAAAGUUUCAAAUGCUUGUGCAUAACUUAAAAGAAUUAAGGUUUCUUAUCCUUGAUUAUGUGAAUAUGUUUAUCCUUGAUUAUGUGAAUAUGUUUCUGGUUGUGCCAUCUUCCUUGCUAAAUUUGACUUCCUCCUUGGAGCAUUUGAGCCUUAGAGGUUGUAGUUUGCAAGGAAACUUUCCAAACCUAGUUUUCCAACUUCCAUCUCUCCAGCUUCUUGAUAUAAGCUGGAACUUUGAUUUAGGAGGUAAUUUGCUCAAGUCAAACCAAAGUAGUACCUUCGAGUAUUUGGAUCUUACAAUCACAAACUUCUCAGGAGAGUUGCCUCAUUCAAUAGGAAAUCUUAAACACCUAAAGGAAUUGAAUCUUGGUAGCUGCCAAUUUUAUGGAUCAAUUCCCGGAUCUCUUACAAAUCUUACCGAGAUAACUGAACUAGAUUUUUCUUCCAACCAUCUGCGAGGGCAAAUACCAGAUAUUUUUGGAAAAAAACACAAGCUAACUGAUUUGAGGUUAGAUGCAAACAAUUUUGGUGGUGAAAUUCCUGCAUCAAUCUUCAACCUCACCCAUCUUACUUUGUUGUCACUAUCAUCAAAUAAGCUAUUAGGUCGUGUACCAUCUUGGUUGUUUUCUUUGCCUUCUUUAUCCUAUUUAGACCUCCAAAACAACUGCCUUACCAAACCUAUUGAUCGUGUUGAGAUGCCCAAUCUCUUUUUACGAGAAGUCUAUUUGUCCAAUAAGGACAUAAGUGAUUCAAUUCCUAGCUUCUUCUUUGAUCUUGUGCAUCUUACUAGAGUCCACCUUUCUUCAAAUAACUUAACUGGCACCAUUACACCUGACAUGCUUUUGAAACUUGUAGACCUUGAGGAUCUUGAUCUUUCCAAUAAUAGUUUGCUGUCUUUGAGCAAUAAUGGCACCACUGUCAACUAUUCCUUUCUGAACCUUCAGUAUUUAAAAUUCUCUUCUUGCAACAUGCACAAGUUCCCAAGUUUCUUAAGGAAGGCAGAGAAAUUGCAAGAAUUGGAUAUUUCCAAGAACAAGAUUUUUGAUUUAUUUGGUUUUGGAAAUCUUGAAACUGUUAACCUCAGAUCCAACUUACUACAAGGAUCACUUCCCAUUCUAUCAACAACUUGGGAUUCCAUGCAACAACUCCUCAUUUUAGAGAAUAAUUUGACUGGCGAAAUCCCUUCUUCUUAUUGUAAUUUUACUUCUCUUAAAGUUCUAGUUUUAGCUAAUAAUAGUUUGGGAGGAAAAAUUCCUGAAUGUCUUCAAAACUUGAGUGAUCUCAACAUCUUGGAUCUGCAAAUGAAUAAGUUCCAUGAUGUGGGGAACAACAACUUCAAUGAUACCUUUCCAUAUUGGUUAGGUGUUCUUCCAAAGCUAAAAGUUCUCAUCCUUCGAUCUAAUCGAUUUCAUGGUGCCAUCAGGAAUUUUGUGCCCGUAUUUUACUUCCCUCAGUUGAGAAUCAUUGAUAUCGUACAGAAUGAUUUUAUGGGUCUCCUACCGAGUAACUAUUUCAAAAUUUUGAAAGGUAUAAGACAUGUAGCUCCAGCUGAUAAAGUCAAAUUGGAAUACAUUGUAAUGAAAGGGUUUGAGGUGGAGCUUAAAAGGAUCUCGAAAAUUUUCACAACUAUAGAUUUCUUGAGCAAUCAAUUUCAUGGACAGAUUCCUGACGAGCUAGGAGAACUCAAUUCACUUUUAUUGCUAAACUUAUCUCACAAUAGUCUCAAUGGUCAAAUCCCGUCAUCACUAGGGAAAUUAGCAAAACUUGAGUCAUUAGAUCUCUCAUCAAACAAGCUUGAAGGCAGGAUUCCAGAGCAAUUGACAAAGCUGACGUUCCUAUCAAUUUUGAAUCUUUCACACAAUGAACUUGUGGGCCACAUACCUGAAAGGAAGCAGUUCAGUACUUUCUCAAAUGAUUCCUACAUUGGGAACUCUGGGUUGUGUGGAUUCCCAUUGACAAAGAAAUGCGAAGAACCAAGACAACCUUCAUCACAAUUUGACGAAGAAGAUGACUCUACAAUAGUCUUUGAGUGGAAGUUUGCAUUGGCAGGCUAUGGAUGUGGACUGGUCUUGGGACUUAGUCUGGGAUACUUUGCCUUUACUAUAGGAAAACCAUGGUGGUUAGUGAAGAAAGCAGAGAAAUAUCAACAGAAAUUAGUUGGAAGGUGCAAUCGAAGUCAUAAGCAAAGAAAAGCUCAAAAAUCCAACCGAUGCUCUUAAGUGAGUGCAAGCAGGUGCAGUUGAUUUUCUACUCCAGGGAAUCUGGCAACAGUUGCUUCUUGAGUCUGUUUCCACCUUUUUCAUGUUCAUUGUUGAUAUAUAGUUGUGUUGACGUGUGUGUGAAUUAUGGUUAUGUAUUUUCUUCUCUUGCUUUGUGUAAUUAAGAGGGUUGGGUGAGGGAUGAUCCCAACCUCCUUUGCUCUCUGAAGGCCCACCCUCUAGCCAUUGCCAAAUCAAGUCUUAUUCUUUGACUGGUGAUCUAAUACAUAGGCAGGUAAUUUUCUUUUGGUGUUCUCCUUUUCUUUUGUUGAGAUAUUAACUUCUGUCUUAGUGGGGAACGUUGUAAUUUUCUUUGUGGAUUAAAUUAAUGUGUUUUGC